AAACUGGUCCCCGGGAAUGGGUCGAGACCUCGGGGGGUCGACGUCAUGAAAAAAUCAUGACGUCGGGGGUCUGUGGCGCGCGUGCCUGGUCCGUAGCCAUUUUGGCUCAAGCCGCUUUGGCUCAGGCCCCGCAGCCCAGGCGCACUCCUCGCGCCCCCCUCGCGCCCUGCAGCAGCCACCGCCGCGCGCGGAGAUGGCGCCGCGCGCCCGCCAGGCCCGCAGCAGCGUGCUCACCUACGUGGCCCUGGUCGCGCUCGCCGCCCAGCUCCUCGUGGAGCUGCGCGUCUCCGACUUUGCCGACGGCGAGGCGCUCGCGGCCUUCGCGGCCCCGGGGUCGUCCUCGGCCCGCACAGACGUCGGGGCCGCCGCCGCCACCCGGCUCACCCGCCGUGCGCCGGCGGCCCUGCCGAGUGCCGGCGGGCGCGCGGCGGGCGGCUCCACCGCCCGUGCGGCCGCGGCGCCCGCCGCCAGCGUCAUGUCGAAGGUCAUCAACGCGAUGGGUGCAGGCGCGGUGGCCUCGGUCAUCCAGGCGGCCCUCUCGGCGGUGGGCGAGCCCAUCGUGAAUCGCGUGCUGGUGAAGCGCAUGAAGAUCGUGGACGCCAUCAACGACGUGAGCGCCAAGCAGAUGCUCAACUUCUUCAAGACGACCCUCGCGACCAAUUUCUUGAAGUUCCCGUUCUUCGAGGCCAUCAACGCAUUCUGCGGCGCAUUCCCGAUCAGCCCCACCUACCGUGGGAUCUUCACGGGCUUCGUCUUCACUACGGCCACCCUGCCGGUGACGAACUACAGGUACCGCAAGUCGAUGGAUCUCGAGGUGAACUGGGCCAACAUUUACGAGGCGUACCCGCCGACUGUCAUCCGUGACAUCGUGUACGGCAUCGCGCGGAACUACUGCACCAUCGGCGUUCUCGCCCUCAACUCCAGCUGGACGAUCACCUCGCCCGAGGUGCUGUUCAUCGUGGUGAUCCUCGGCUGCUUGAUAUCAGCCCCUUUCAACGAGUGGCGUGGGUACCUCCUGCAGUCAAAGGGCCAAGAGCUCACAUUCCAAGAGUUCUUCAAGCCAUCCAACUUCGUCCGGUCGACCUCGCUCGGGGCGAUCAAGCAGGGAUUGGCGCUUGCUUUGGGUUACUGGUGCGCGCCUCCAGCGACCAAGUUCGUCCAGGGCCUCAUCAUGGCCGCCAAGGGCGCUUGAGGCAGCAGCGCGGAGGCGGUCCAGUGUGGUCGUCGAGCCAAUGCAGUUAGAGACUGCAUGGGCUUACGAUUUUCCCUCCAUUUUCCGCAGUGUUGUGGAGGGCUAUUGUAUUUGUGUGAGUAUAAAUUCGCGCGCCAAUAGUUUGCAUGACAAUUUUCGCAGAGUGGACCGACUGAAGGACAUGGGGGAAUCGUGUGACGGCGGCCUCGAGACAAGAGGAGGUUUAUAAUACCACCGCGCUCGCUCGCCUCGGACCAGCCCUGGCACGUGCGACCUGAAGCGGGCUCGCGUGAGCGCAGGCCCUUCGCUCCAAGGGACGUGGGCCAGACGUGUGCGAGGAGUGGGCGGCACGAAA